UCUCGUUUCAAUCCGGACGCGAAUUCUUAACAGAAAGAAAGAGAGAGUGAAACAGAAGAGUUUUCGACACAGAUCAAGACAUGGCAGACACUGCAGCAGUGGAAACGGCUCCCGCCGCCGCACCCGCCGCUCAAGCCAAGACCCCGAAGAAGAGGAAGGCGCCGUCUGCCCGCGCCAAGUCCACCGGCCCCAAGUUGGGCGACCAGAUCCGCAAGGUGGUGGCGGCGAGCAGCGACCGCAAGGGGAUCUCCGUGGCGGCCAUCAAGAAGGCUCUGGCCAGCGGCGGCAUGGACGUCGAGAAGAACCGCGGCCGCAUCAAACUGGCUAUCAAGAGGAGCGUCGACAAGGGCUCCCUGGUGCAGACCAAGGGCAAGGGCGCCUCCGGUUCCUUCAAGCUCCCCAAGAAAGAGCCCCAGGGGAAAGUGGUCAAGAAGGCCAAGAAGACUGGGAUCAAGAAAUCGGCCAAGAAGCCGGCGGCGAUCAAGAAGCCAGCGGCCAAGAAAUUGGCCAAGAAGUCUCCCGCCAAGAAACUGGUCAAGAAAACCCCCUCCAAGAAACUGGUCAAGAAAACCCCCUCCAAGAAACUGGUCAAGAAAACCCCCGCCAAGAAACUGGCCAGGAAAUCUCCCGCCAAGAAGGCGAAAGCCGCGGCGUUGAAGCCGGCCUCGGCGGCGGCGAAGCCCAAGGAAGUCGCCAAACGGCAUCGCCCGUCCAAAUCGUCCAAGGGCAAGAAGACGGUCAGCAAACAGAAGAAGUGAAGAAGGUCGACUUGGAUAUUGAACAAAAAAAAACUCAUAAAACCAAAAAAAAACCCAACACAUCUGAACCCAAAGGCUCUUUUAAGAGCCAUUCCAUCUUCGCCCGAAUGAGCUGAGACCGCAAAAGAAUGCACCUCUCGACCGAGCUAAUUUUGUCACCCUGUCCUGAUCCCCUUCACCCCGCCUUUUCAUGUGACACAAAGUGUGGCCGAAGUCCAGUGUGGGACACAACUGUAUAGACAGCCUCCAGGGGGAAAUACCGGCUAAAUAAGCUUUGUUUUAAAAAAAAAUGUUCCCUGUUGCUCUUGAACUAUUAUAAUGAACAUUUGCGUGGAGCUGGGAGAGGGGGGGGCGUGGGGUAACGUCAAACGGGGAGUCUCGCUCACCACAGGUGCUUGCUAUCAGGUCUUCCGAGUGUUUUCCAGCCUUUUCCGUAUUUAUUUCAAGUUUCCUCGACCGCGCUGUGCUUUUAUCUGAAUGCCAACUGUUUAUUUGCCCAGGCGAGAUUGACGGAGGGUUGAUUCCGAGUCUGGGAGCUGCGUCUAGGUAAGGGUAAAACAUUGGGUAAAUCUGAAACGAUCGAUGGGCUUGCGGAGAUUAAAGCGACUGGCAGAUGUAGAGGAACUAAUAGUUCGUCUCGACGACAAAACAGGGUGACAUAUAGUUGAUGUAUUGAGUAAAAAAACAAAUAAAAUGGCCAAAAGCUCUCCGCUCACACUAGGAUCGAACGAGGAGGGGGAAGGAAACUAUGGAAAACUCCUUGGACAGUAUGCAGCAGAUAAUGCAAAUCUACACUGUAAACGUAAAACUGUAUUUUUUGUGCAUUGAGCCGAAGGGGUUGUUUCUGUUCUGUAUAGCUCCAUGAGGCGUUUUGAGUGCCACAUAAUGUAAUGGAGUAAACUCAUCUACGCAGGUCUUCAUGUCAAAUUUUGAAUACAAUGCAAUGUACCUUUACAAAUAUUAUGAACAAAGUAACUGUUUUAGUCAAAUUUUGAACUACUAUGCAAUGUACCUUUGCAAAUAUUAUGAAUAAAGUAAAUGUGUCUCUAAGUCAAAUUUUGAACAACAAUGCAAUGUACCUUUAUAAAUAUUAUGGACAAAGUAACUGUUUUAGUCAAAUUUUAAACUACUAUGCAAUGUACCUUUGCAAAUAUGAAUACAGUAAAUGUUUUUUAGUCAAAUUUUAAACUACUAUGCAAUGUACCUUUACAAAUAUUAUGAACAAAGUAAAUGUGUUUUUUAGUCAAAUUUUAAACUGCUAUGCAAUGUACCUUUACAAAUGUUAUGAAUAAAGUAAAUGUGUUUCUGGGGAGAAAA